UUAGCUUAUUUGUGGUGUCCUUGGAGAACGCGGAAACCAUGCAGGCCAUGGGUUGCUGCAUCUCGUCCGUGGGCUUUUGUGCUUCAGUCAUGGGCCGAGCCGACUUCUGGUCCAACAAGUUGAGAAUUGAGAUGAUUAAUUCAUUGAAGAUCUAGAUUAUUGUACAAUUUACUCUAUCAUUAACGAAAGAUUGUGUUAAUUCUAUACUUAAAUUGUGAUAUAUCCUACGUGCUUCUCAGCCAACUUGUCUUCCACAAAUCCUCAAGCUAACACCAACGCCAUGUUGCUUGUCAGCUCGAACAAAAUAUUUAAGUACAUUUAAUCAAUUCAAUUGACACCAAAUACAGCAUGGUCUCAUCAAAAUCUCCAAUUAACAAUCACCGAAUUCCCGUCGAUCAUAGUCGUCGCCGUCCCCAAAUCCAGCCCAUUUUCCGGCCGGGACGCGAUGCCUUGUUUCGCAAGCCGUUGAAAUUAUGCUUAUUCUCCUGAUAACAAGCUUCCCAAAAGGAAUGUCUUGCAAAACAUAGCCAUGAACAGGAAUUAGGCGGCGCCACACGCUUCACAAAUCAUGGUGGCACUGGCAGCGCUGUGCUUCCAACUUUCGAAGCAAUAUCCAAAGUCCAGACGAAAUGGAUAGAAAGCUGGCGGAUUUCCUCCGCUGCUGCAAUGCCAACUCACGUUAAACAUCCCCCCAAAUUAAACUGAUCUCCAUCGUCUUCCCCACACGACUUCAACACCAAGAUAUCGGCUCCUCCCUGAAUCCCGAUUUCCCCUUAUAAACAUUUCGUCGAACAUCUUCGCAGCAAUCCAUUCAAACCCAUCAUCCAACCCCAACUUCCCAAAACAAACACAAUCCCUUCAUCACGACAUAGAUCGGCUGCACUUCCACCGAGGCGAAAAAAACCCAAAUCCUGGUUUCUUGUGUAGGCGCACAUGGGAUUUGUUCCGUGGAAAAUGGUGAAGCUUUAUAUCCAACUUCUGGCCGCCGUUUUCCUGAUUGUUCGAGCUCCAACUAUGACUUCGGGGGCUCUGUCUCUUGCAACGAGCUUCUCCAUCGCCAACUUGAUAAGGGUGGAUCAGUCAGGGAAAGGGGAUUUCAGGACGAUUCAGGAAGCCAUCGACUCUGUUCCUUCGGGAAACUCUGAGCUGGUUUUCAUAUGGGUGAAGCCUGGAGUCUACGUGGAGAAAGUCUUGGUUCCGGAGGACAAGCCUUUCAUAACUCUAAGUGGCAACCAGGGUGCCAACAGUACCGUCAUCACAUGGAGCGAGCAAGGCGACAUAUUUGAGACUGCGACUCUCUCUGUUCUGGCUCCUUUCUUCGUUGGCAGAUUCCUCACCAUUCAGAACACGUUUGGGAGCGGGGGGAAAGCAGUGGCGUUGAGGGUAUCAGGAGACAAAGCUGCGUUCUACGCCUGCAGAAUACUGUCAUACCAGGACACCCUUCUUGACGACAGUGGAUCCCAUUACUACAGCAACUGCUACAUCGAAGGAGCCACAGACUUCAUCUGUGGCCAUGCUACCUCCCUCUUCGAGAAAUGUCAUAUCCACUCACUUUCAGAGGGCAACAACUCGAUCACAGCCCAGCACAGAGACGAGGAGUCGGACGAAACAGGGUACACUUUCUUGGGGUGCAAGAUAACUGGAACUGGGAGUACCUUGCUGGGGAGGGCAUGGGGUGCUUACUCCAGGGUGGUUUUUGCCUAUUCCUACAUGGAUUCUGUUGUCCUGCCAACUGGAUGGAGUGAUUGGGGAGACCAAACCAAGCACAGCACUGUGUUUUAUGGCGAGUACAAGAACUAUGGUCCUGGAGCUGACAGAUCCAACAGGGUGGAAUGGUCCAAGAAGCUGUCAGCUGAUGAGGUUUCGCCUUUCUUGAGCAAGGAGAUGAUUGGUGGGAGAUACUGGAUUAGGGCUGCCCCAAAGUUCUUCAGGAUUGGGUCCAAAAUUGUUAGAGCUGGCAAUGGUGGCAAUCCCAGCUCCAUGCCCUGAAACACCAUAUCUACUGGGAAUUUUGUGUUGUCAAUAUUUUCUUGUGUGUGGCAAGUAAAUUAGUAAUUACCUACCGGUGUAUUAUGGUUAAAGUGAUUGGUUCAUUAAUUUGUCCUCCCAAUGAGAGAGGAGUGUUGUUUUUACUUGUAAAUACAAAUUACUCUUUGUAUAUUCCAUAUCUUGAAAGUCAAGCGUUCUUAAUUCGUAGCAGGAAACUCAAAUCAUCGGGCGAGGGAUGAGGUCAUGAGGGCAAUCUAGAAUUUCAAUAUCAUCCCAUAAAAAGGUUUCGAUAUACUGCAAAUAUGUAGAUGAUAUGAUAUUGUAUGAUCAAGUUAUACUACUAAAUAUGUACAUCUCACAAACAAUUAUGACAGGAUAGUCAAAUGUUUUAUUUCACUGUAUCUAAAUUCGUAAAAUGCCAUCUGUAAUGAACCCUGAUUCACCCAUCUUAAUUCCUAACCACUCAUCGUCUGAUCAACACGUUGAGAUUAAAGUAGCCGAGAAGCUCAUUCAUUCAUUCAUGAUUUUAGCACUCGGAAAGAACAUUAUAAGAUUAAACUUUAACUUAGCCG